UGGAGCCGGCUGCCGGGCGGUGAGUGACGUGCGAGCGGCCUGGAGGGUCCCCGGGGUGUUGGGCCCUGGGGAGGGUCCGAGGACGGGUUCUGUGGGGAGAGUGCGGGCGCUUCUCCUGCGGAGGACCGCUGCAGUGUGGACGGGUGGUCUGGGCUCAGGUCCUCUGUGCAGCCCGGAGUUCCUGGUCGGCGGCGUCGAGGCCCCCCGAGAGGAAGGGCUCCGCGGGGACCAGGACGCCGGAGUUCAGGGCUCCUCCGCCCAACCUUCUCCCGCUGGGUCUCGCCUAGUCGGCUGCCACGAAGAGGUCCAUUCGCCGUCACAGCCCUCGUAGUGACCAGCUGAGGAAGAAGAGGAUCACGGGGAUGUUUUGGUGUUGGUUCCGACUUGUUUUCUUGCACUAAUUCCAGUCUUCUUUAAAAUCUGGUGGCGAAACUCCCCAGAUAAAAAAAAAAACACCGUACUGAUUUAUGUUAGCAGCUAUUUUUAGAAACUGAUAUAUGAGAAAUGGCUGAAAGUCAAAUAACCAUCCAAAGACGAGCUUAGGUUCUUCAACAGCAUCGUUUUCUAAAAUAACUUGCUGCCAAAAUGUCAGUAUACGCUGCUCGUAAUCGAAAUGACAGCAAUAUCCUUGGUAUUCCUUCUUCCCAAAAGAAUUCCUCACUGAAUGUCCUCUCCCAAGGUAGUGGACUUAAGCUGCAUUCAAAGUCAAAUAUGUCAGAAUGCGAAAAUGAUGAUCCAUUAUUUGGAUCUGCAAGUAAAAUCAAAGACGUAAAUAGCACUUACGUUAUUUCUGCCUGUAAAAAAACGGGAGAUCUGCCCCUGACCCCUAAACCUGUAGGUGGAUUGACACUUCAGAGAAGAGUUACAAGGGACAAAGAAUCGUCUUUGCUUGGUAGUGAGCUGGGAGAGACUGCUGAAAAACGUCUUACGUUACAACGUCGUGCUAAAACAGAUUCUAUGGAAAAGUGGGAAACAACGCAGAAAAUGGGAGGUGAGACAGAAAAUACUUGUGCUUCACAGGAAAUUAGUAGAAAUGUAAAGACUGUAAAUACUGAUAAAAACUCUUGUGUUGCAUCUUCUGUACCUUUAGCUGAAGACUCAAAAAAUGUUGAAAUGAUGACUGAUGAAAAAUACAAACAGACAUUUUCAGCCCCCAGAGAUGGAAAUGAAAAUGGAAAUGUUGUGCUUAAGUACUUAAGCCAUAGAACACCCACUGGUUCUCGGAGUCAUAUUGAAGCUGUUAGAUCAGGACGCUUGGUAACAAAACCCUCUCAGAACAAGUUGGAUAUCAGAGUGUCUGGAACAGAAAACUUAUAUCAUAGAAGUAUUGGGAAGGACAUUGUGAAAAAUUCAGCCAUUAAAUUGGGAGCUUUAGAAAAAGGAAGAACACCUGUGAAAUGCGUAACAGAACACAGAUUAACGCCAAAGCGCAGUGUGCCUCAGUUGAAGAGCCCAGCUGCAUCAGUACUGAAAAAUCGAAUGCCCAGCCUUCAAGUUAAACAAAGGCCAAAAAGUUCUCUUCUUGGAAAUAAAACUGAAAGGUCACAAGAAAAUACGCUCCCUCCUGAAGAAGAAGCUGCAGCUCAGAACACCGAUAUAAAAACAGACCCCUUAAAAGCAGAGAAUAGUCAAGUGACCGUGGCAGUACGCAUAAGGCCUUUCAGCAAGAGAGAAAAGAUGGAAAAAGCAUCCCAGGUGGUCUUCAUGAAUGGAGAGGAAAUAACUGUGCAACAUCCUGACAUGAAACAAGCUUACAAUUUUAUUUAUGAUGUUUCAUUCUGGUCUUUUGAUGAAUGUCAUCCUAACUAUGCUAGCCAGACAACUGUUUAUGAGACGUUAGCAGUACCUCUCCUAGAAAGAGCCUUUGAGGGCUACAAUACCUGUCUCUUUGCUUAUGGUCAGACUGGCUCUGGAAAAUCAUAUACGAUGAUGGGAUUUAGCGAAGAACCAGGAAUAAUUCCAAGAUUUUGUCAAGAUCUUUUUGCGCAAGUAGCCAAAAAACGAACGCAAGAGGUCAGCUAUCACCUUGAAAUGAGCUUCUUUGAAGUAUAUAAUGAGAAAAUUCACGAUCUCCUGGUUUGUAAAGGUGAAAAUGGGCAGAGGAAGCAACCUCUGAGACUGAGGGAGCAUCCUAUUUCUGGACCCUAUGUGGAAGCGCUGUCAAUGAAUGUUGUCAGUUCUUACUCUGAUAUCCAGAGUUGGCUAGAAUUGGGAAAUAAACAAAGAGCAACUGCCGCUACUGGCAUGAAUGAUAAAAGCUCCCGAUCUCAUUCCGUUUUCACCCUGGUGAUGACCCAGACCAAGACGGAAUUGGUGGAGGGGGAAGAGCAUGAUCACAGAAUCACGAGCCGCAUGAAUCUGAUAGACCUGGCGGGCAGUGAGCGCUGCUCUGCAGCGCACACUAGUGGAGAUCGGCUGAAGGAAGGUGUGAGUAUUAACAAGUCCUUGCUGACUUUGGGAAAGGUUAUAUCCGCACUCUCUGAACAAGCGAACCAGAGGAGAGUUUUUAUUCCUUAUCGUGAAUCAGUUCUUACAUGGCUGUUAAAAGAAAGUCUGGGUGGAAAUUCAAAAACUGCAAUGAUUGCGACAGUCAGUCCUGCCGGCAGCAGUAUAGAUGAAACCCUAAGCACGCUUAGAUAUGCUAACCAAGCCCGUUUGAUAGUCAACAUUGCCAAAGUAAAUGAAGAUACGAAUGCUAAGUUAAUCAGAGAGUUGAAAGCAGAAAUUGAAAAGCUAAAAGCUGCUCAAAGAAACAAUCGACAUAUUGACCCUGAACGAUAUAGGCUCUGUCGGCAAGAAAUAACAUCCCUAAGAAUGAAACUGCAUCAGCAGGAGAAAGACAUGGCAGAAAUGCAGAGAGUAUGGAAAGAAAAGUUUGAACAAGCUGAAAAAAGAAAACUUCAAGAAACAAAAGAGUUACAGAAAGCAGGAAUUACAUUCCAAAUGGACAACCACUUGCCAAACCUUGUCAAUCUCAAUGAAGAUCCUCAGCUAUCGGAGAUGUUGCUAUAUAUGAUAAAAGAAGGAAAAACCACAGUUGGAAAGUAUAAACCAAACUCAAGCCAUGAUAUUCAGUUAUCUGGGGCGCUGAUUGCUGAUGAUCAUUGUACCAUCGAAAAUUUUGACGGGACAGUGAGUAUUAUCCCAGUUGGGGAAGCAAAGACUUAUGUUAAUGGAAGACAUAUUUUGGAAGCCACAGUAUUACAUCAUGGUGAUCGGGUAAUUCUUGGAGGUGAUCAUUAUUUUAGAUUUAAUCAUCCAGUAGAAGUCCAGAAAGGGCAAAGACCAUCCUGUAGAGAUGCUGAUACUCUUAUAAGCGAGGGUACAAAAGACUUUGAAUUUGCAAAAAAUGAGUUGCUCCUAGCCCAGAGAUCACAACUUGAAGCAGAAAUAGAAGAGGCGCGGUUGAAAGCAAAGGAAGAAAUGAUGCAAGGAAUCCAAAUUGCAAAAGAAAUGGCUCAGCAAGAGCUUUCUUCUCAAAAAGCUGCAUAUGAAAGCAAAAUAAAAGCGUUGGAAGCAGAACUGGAAGAAGAGUCUCAAAGGAAGAAAAUGCAGGAAAUAAAUAACCAAAAGGCUAAUCACAAAAUUGAGGAAUUAGAAAAGGCAAAGCAGCAUCUUGAACAGGAAAUAUAUGUAAACAAAAAGCGGUUAGAAAUGGAGACUUUGGCUACAAAACAGGCUUUAGAAGACCACAGCAUCCGCCAUGCAAAAAUUCUGGAAGCUUUAGAAACUGAGAAGCAAAAAAUUGCUAAAGAAGUACAAAGUCUACAGCAGAAUCAGAGUAAUAGAGAUAAAACUUUUACAAUUCAGCCGAAUUGGAGCUCCAUGAAGCUCUCAAUGAGGAUUCAGGAAGCCAAUGCCAUCAGCAACAAAUUAAGAAAAUAUUAUGUUUUUGGCAGACAUGAUGUAUCAGAUAGAGGAAGUUCUGAAACUUCUGUUCAGGUUCGGGUUCGUAACCUGCAACUAGGGAUCUCAACCUUCUGGAGUCUGGAAAAGUUUGAAUCUAAGCUUGCAGCAAUGAAAGAGCUUUAUGAGAGUAAUGGUAGUAACAGGGGUGAAGAUGUCUUUUGUGAUCCUGAAGAUGAGUGGGAACCUGACAUUACAAAUGCACCAGUUUCUUCAUUUUCUAGAAGGAGGAGCAGGAGUUUGAUGAAGAAUAGAAGAAUUUCUGGUUGUUUACGUGACAUACAAGUCCACCCAACUCAGAAUUUGCAUUCUUCACGUUCGUCAGGCUUAAUGGAGAAAUCAAGUACCAUUUACUCCAAUUCAGCAGAAUCAUUUCUUCCUGGAAUUUGCAAAGAAUUGAUUGGUUCAUCAUUAAAUUUUCUUGGACAGAGUUAUGAUGAAGAAAAAACCAUGGCAGACAGUCUAAUUAAUAACUUUCUUACAAUUUAUAAUGGCAUAUUUGCCAUUUCCAAAGCCCAUGAAGAACAAGACGAAGAAAGUCAUGAUAACUUGUUCUCUUCCGAUCGAGCAAUCCAGUCACUUACUAUCCAGAUAGCAUGUGCUUUUGAGCAGCUCGUGGUGCUGAUCAAACACUGGCUGAAUGAUGUCCUAGCUUGCAAAAGCACAGCAAGACUGGAUGAUGAGUUGAGACAAGAAGUUAAGAAACUGGGAGGCUAUUUGCAGUUAUUUUUGCAGGGAUGUUGUUCGGAUAUCUCAUCAAUGGUAAAAGAGGCUCAAAAGAAAGUGAUUCAAAUUGUACAGCAGGCUGUAAAGUACGUGGGACAAUUAGCAGUUCUGAAAGGGAGCAAGCUACGUUUUCUGGAAAACAGUAACAACAAGGCUGUCAGCCUCCAGGAGGAUUUUAUGGAUGCUCUUUGUGAUGGUGUAGGCUUAGGAAUGAAGAUUCUAUUAGAUUCUGGACUAGAAAAAACAAAAGAACUUCAGCCUGAACUCUUAAGGCUGUGUGCACAAAACGAGGUUACCAUACAGAUGAAAGCUAAUGCCAUGGGACUGAUUAAAUCUCUUGAAAAUGUCUUUACUGAAUGGAAAACAAAAAGUUUCAGAACUCAAGUACGAGAAGAAAACUGUGGGUACCAAGAUCUGAAGAAGAUGGUUAAUCUUGCCCCAGAGUUCUUGAAGUUAAAACAUUGCUUAGACCAAACUGUUCAAAUUAUUAUUUCUACAUUGAGAGGAUGCCACAGUGAUGUAAGUCUUCUCAAGAGGUGUGUUGAAAGUAUUUGCAACUUCGCCAGUAAUUUUCAUGAUUACUUCAGUCACCCCUGUAAUUCUGUCAACAGCUGUGAGAAUAGAGCACCUCCAGUUGGCCACAGGGAGCUAGAAUCUCUAGCUAAGUCACUCCUCUUAUGUUUUGAAUCAGAAGAAAGACCUGAUUUAUUGAAACCCCGGGAAACUUGUAAUCAAAGUACCAGAGAACAACAAUCUAAAUCAAGUAGGACUGAAUCUGUUAGGAAAAAAGGUAUACCAAAGCGGGUCUAUGAACUCCAUGGCUUGUCUUCAGGAGUGACCUCGGAGGAAAACACAUCCAGUAGGAUUCAGUGGGUGUGAAUACCGACCAAUAGGCGCUUAGUGGCUAUCCAUGAAAGAGAAAGAAUACUUGAGAGCCACUUUUCUUUAUGCAGGAGAAUAUAAAAAGCAAGAAUUCAGCUUAAAUAUUUCAAAGAAGUUCAUAUAUGCUGGUGGCCUUACACUGGGUAUGGACACUAUUAGCAUUAUGGAACCCUGAUUUGAAAAUGCCUGAAUGUACACUCAAGUUUCUCAGCAGGCAGUUUUAAACAGGAUGUUAACCACAUUGGAACGUUGUGGCAACAAAAUGAAAUUAGGAAUUCAGAAACCAAGUGAACGGCCAUUUCUCUCGUUUUUCAUUGCCUUGAAUUUUAAAUGUUCAUCCUUAGCAUUGAUAUGUUAUCUCUGGUUGGUUCAUUGGUCUGUAAGUAGUUAUUUUUUCCUGAGUGGAAACCUCAUCAAUCAGUUCAAUUUAUUCCUAUGCCUUCUCUCCUCUACAAAUAGCCAGAAUGAGAUUUAUGGUAGAAUUGCCAAUACACGUUUAACUAAGGCAGCUUUUCCUGCUUUGUCAAAUCUAAAACUUUUCUUAAAGGAUCAUCUGGUUGCCAUUUUGAAUAGUGUAUUUAAGGGUGUAGUUUCCUGUUCCUUUCCAAAUUAUAAGCUGCUACCAGCACUGUUUUUUUUUUUUUUUUUACCAAAAUAUGAUUGCUGACAUAGUAGUUUACUGUGUUAUCUACAUACCAUAAUGAGGGUCAUAUGAAUAUAAUUUAAAACCAAUUAAAUAUUGCCCAAAUCACGCUCAACUGUUGGGUGGGCUCAGGAGAUCGGAAGCUAGGCUUUGAUAAUGCUUUUUUUGUUAAGACUUUGGAAGAUGAUUUGAUAAAGUUUCAAGAUCCUUAUUGUGUUUCAUGGUUAGGAAAAACAAAACACUUUUAUCUACAAUCAAAUAAUAAAGAUCGUAUGAUUCUAUUUGGUGGGAUCUUACAUUAAGGCCAUAGCUUGACAUUUUUGACCUGUUCAAGAAUGUGUAUAAUUUGAAAAGAUGCAUUUCAUGACCCUGCUUUGGUGAUGCAGCAGUUCCUAUACUGAGCAGCUCUUGGACAAUAGUUCUUUUAAAUAACUUGGUCUCUUCCUUGGCCUUUUCAUUUGCAGAUACCACCUGCAUUAUUUGGCUUCCUUAGUGGAAAUUGGCUAUUAGUACUAUGACUAAGUUUGAUGAUUUCUUUGUUAGGGAGAGAUUGUAAAUACAUACUGGUCAUCAUAGGCAGAACAAUGUUGAGGAACCAGGUGUCCUGUUUUCAGGUGCUUGAAAAUGGUGCAAUUCAGUAAGUUUGCUCCCCCCGCCCCCCGCCUUUUAUUUUGGGCAUUUGAGCUUGUAUUCCUUCUGAAGUUCUUAUGUAUUUUCAAUAAUCAGUGCUCUGCCAAGUGGCACUUUUCGCUAUCAGGUUUUAUGAAAUGUAAAUGUACACAAUAAGGAUUUUUCCUGAAGGUUGCACUUCUUUCAAGAACUUCUUAAAGUAUCAGUAUAAUAAUUUUCAUCUUAACGUUCAGUAUUUAACCAUUACUUUAUCCUUUCUAAACUCAUGACUUCAUUGGUCAGAAAAUUUUUAGUGUCUGUAAAAUUUUGUGUAUAUAUAUUUAUACUCUUAAGUAAAUUGUUAUACUGUAUUUGAAUGAAUGGUGAAAAACAUAUUUGCUAUUAGAAUCAUGCAUACUAAUAAUGUAAAGAAAAUGUCUUUAAUAAAUGUGGUAGUUUCAGAAUUGUCUCUUGGUCUAAAGUUUUUUAUUUUUAUUUAUCUUUUGUUCAUUUACUUUAUUCCUGACUCGAAAUUGCUUUAAAAGCUCUGGCUU